AAAGUGCGUCUCUCAGAGAAUAAGUGACCAAAUUUUCAUCAACUUCUUGUUACUUUUACCUAGGCGCUCUAACUACUUUAAGUUUCAUUUUGCUUGAUUUUAUUCCAUUGUGCUCCAAGCUUGUUAGUUACGAUGAGCAAUCAAACUAAAAGAUUUGGUGACAAACCCGUUAGUGAAAUAGAUCAACAAAUUAAGAAAAAUAUUCCAGUCAACACAAAAAAAUCUCGCGACUCUGUGUGGAAUCAGUUUUCUAAGUUUUUGGACGAAAAGAAUUAUAAACUGGAUAGGACAACGUCCUUAUUUGAAAUUAAUAAUAUUUUAAAAAGUUGGGCCGCUAAUAUGAAGAAACAGGAUGGGUCUAGUUACAAAGAAGGUGUAUUAAAGCAGAUGUGGAAUGUAACGGCAAAAAUGGUGCAAGAAAUGUUCUUCAAUAAAUGGAAUAUUCAGUUCAACCCAUUUACUGACCUCGUAUUUAAAACGGCUAGGGAUACCAGGGAUGUAAUGCGAAAAACCCUUCAGGCGUUGCCAGAGAAAAGGAAAAGGAGCGCGGCGUCUCUUACUGAAAAAGAAUGUUCUACUCUAACUACAAAAUUUAACGAAGAGACCCCUGAUGGUUUACAAAAGAAAUUCUUUAUGGUAGCGUCGUACGAACUUGCUUGGCGUGGUGGAGAAGGAGCUCGCUGUUUGACGCAUUUUUUCAAUGAAGAACUUGAUAACACCGGAACUCCAACAGGAAGGAUUGAGUACAAUCCUAUUUUUUCAAAAACUGCGCAAGGCGGAGCAAAACCACUUACCGAGAGUAAAUGGUUAAUUCCGAAUACGACGCAAUCUGCUGUAUGCCCUGUGCGAUUGUACCAUUUACUUGUGAAAAAACGAGGUGACAAUAUUACAACGGACAGAUUUUUUUUGACACCAAAUCCAUACUGGACAAAUACCGAAUGCAGCAAUUGGUACAAAAACUCUCCUGUCGGUAUUAACGAAAUUACUAAAUGGGUGAAACAUGCUGCUGAAGAGACCGGUUUAGAUAUAAAGAGGAGGAAAAUAACGAACCAUUCCUUACGAUCAUCAGCAGUGUCCAAUUUAGCAAAAUCAGGCGUAGGAGAAAAUCAAUUAUUAAAAAUAACUGGCCACAGCAGUGUUAGUUCGAUAAAAUCCUAUCUUCAACUUGAUAGCAAUCACCAUACAUCAAUUGUGGAGAAGAUGAGGGAAAACCGAGACGUUGCCCACAACAAUGAAACAAACAGAAUUGUUGUACAUGAUAGCAAUUCUUCAAUUUCUUCUUCAGGAGCCUUAGUGCAAAACUGCAAGACUGUUAAUUUUUCUAAUUGUACUUUUUAUUCCUCUAACUGUAAUAAGUAA